UACUUAUGGUUCUCUACAGAAGAAUUUGACAUCAGGUUCUGUACAGUUUAAUCAAGGUUUAAAUAAUUCAUCAGUUCAACCAUCACAGAUGUUUAUACAAUAUGAACCAUCACUGUUUAACAGUAGUCAGUUAUUGGCUUCCAAUCCAACAAAUUCACAAAAUGUGAAUCCAUCGCAGUUGAUGAGUUCACAUAUUGUUCAACCAAGAAAUGCUGUACAAAAUGUUCAGUCUGUUCAACCUUCAACAUACUUUCCUCAGUCACAACCAACUCUACCACAGACUGGAUAUUACCCAUCUCAAGCACAGCCUACAUCCGCCUUACAGGGUGCACUUCAACAAGUUGCAGCUACAGCACCACAAUUCUCAUUACAUGCAUUUGGUAAUCAAGGUCAAGGACUAGGCUUGACACUGCAGCAAUCGGCUUCAAAUACAAAUCAUAUGAACUCAUCCCAACACAUGAGUUUAUCUAAUACUGCGGGUAAUCAACCUACAGCAAAUAAACAAAGCUCCCAGUUUAAUUCUAUUAUACAACAACAAUCACCUCAAAAUAAUGCAAUGAAAUCCCCAUCUCAAAAUAUGACACCAAAUAGCAUGUUGACACCAAAUAGCAUGAUGAAUACGGCCCUAUCGGCUCUCAGUCCGAACUCUAAGGUGUUCACAUCACAAGUACAAAACCGACAGCCCCCGAGAUUUCCUAAUGUAGCUCAGCUACAAGGAAAUAAGUAUGGUAAUACUUUUGUUGCUCAACAAUUGUCUGGUGCAGCAUCUGUUGUAAGGCCGUCUAUUAUGGUAGGAAGUAUGAUGAGAUCAAACACGGCUCCACCAACACAACCUACUUUUCCUCCCCCAAUACAGAGACCAGGUGUACAACAAAAUACAACAUUGAUUACACAGACUUCCAUACCAACACCAGUUAUUGUCACACAGACCACUAAUCCUUCGAUGAAAGCGCUACACGAGAAACAGAGACGAGAGGUUCUAGCACACGCUCAGAGCUUUCUGAACCCACAAAACAAGCCCAGUAUCAAGUCGCCACCGAAAGCCGACUCACUGGAAGAUAAGAAUUUAAGUGAUGCUAUAAGUAGUAUCACAGAAAGCAAGUCGGAUAAUCAACUUGCUACCACCAAGGAGAAAAAUUAGUAUGUUGUGAAAUUGGAACAGUUUUUUUUUCACUGUGUUUAACAUUAAAUCUGAUAUCAGAUUAUCUAGAAGGUGGAUUGAAUUAUAUAUAGUUUAGUGUAUUUUCUCCUUUUUCAAAGUUUUUUUCUUUUUUGAAGACUGGUAUUUAUUUGAUUAACAAACUAUGAAUGUUAAUAUGUGAAGUCAUUAUGGCCUUGGCUCAACGUACUAAAGGGACCGAAAGAGCAUCGGAACAGGACUAGGCACUACUGGAAGAUAAUUCUACUGACUGCAUUUGUUUAAUCUGGACUAAAACCUCAAGUGUAUAGAUUGGACUUGUAAACAUUGUGAUUAUAAAUUACAUGUUUACAAUAAAGGAUAAUUCAAUAAGUUCAUCAAAAUAAAUGAAGUUGUGUAAAUUUCCUAUUUUAUUAUUAAGUAUAUUAUAUAUUAAACCUGUGUGCCAAAAUCUUAUCAUAUUCAUUGUUGGAGAAAAGCAGUGGUUGAAAUUAGGUUUGAAAGAUCCAAGAUAAACCUAGCCUACAUUAAUCUCAUUACCAUACCAUCAUAUUCAUAAUAGGAACUAAUUUCAACCAUUGCUUUAUACUCUUUUUUUUUCUUCUUUUUCAUUCAUUUAUAUUCAGAUCAUUUUCUUCGCCAUUUUUGGGUCAAAACAUUAUUUUAUGUGCGUAGUCAAAUGUGAUAUCCUCAAACUUUGUAUUUACCUGUACAUAUUUUAUGAGAAAGCUUUGUACAUUAUGCAUUGAUUAUUUCACAUGAUUUCGUAACAUAAAUUGUGUGAAUGGCACCACAGAUACAGGUAGUUUAUGAUAUAUAUAUAUAUGUACACAGAAUUAUAUAUAUAUAUAUUUAGUAUUAGUUCCAGGUUCUAUUAUGUAUGUAUUCAGAAGAAAAAAUGUGGCUCAGUUUGAAAGAAAAUUUAGCUUAAAGCAAUGCUCUAUGUCCUGUACGUGCCUGUUAACACAAGCCAAAGUGUGGUUUCUGGGAAACUGGUAUGGGUAGUUGAGAGAUUUAUUUUGAUGAUAAUAAGAAAGCCAUUUUAAAUGGAGGUGGAUGUGUAAAGAUAUAAAGGCCAAAUAUUGAUUAUUUUUGACAAUGCUUAUUCUAUUAAAAUGUUUUUUAAUUGUAUGCUGAUGACUUGAAACCCUACUUGGACUGUGCCCCCAGUCGUAAGUUGGAAAAGUGGUUAUACAUUUGUAUAGUGAUGGUUAUUAAUUAAAAGGUGACAUUGCCCCUCAUCUAAUUAAUUAAUAGGACUCAUAGUAUUGCUGUGUGUUUAUAUAUAUAUAUAUAUAGUAAAUAUAGAUGUUGUUUCUUUUUUUUUUUUAGCAAAAAGACAAAAUUAUUUAUGUUAAUAUAUUAUUUGUGCAUGACUUUGUUGUUAUACAUCAUAACUUGAGGUCUGCUGAGAAGAACAAGUAUUUCUUCUAUUGUGUUUGUGCAUACCAGCUAGCCUCGUGGGAUAAAAAGGCACAAACGGAAGGACAGUUGAUGUCCAUUUUAACUUGUGUCUGAUUGAAGAGUGUCUUUGUUUAUUUGUAUGAAAGUUGUUUAUAGUGGUUGCGCACGGUGCGAGGCUGAUAAUGUUUGAUGAUUUAACAUGGUCAACCUUGAUAAGGUCUGUGGCUCAUAUUUGUUUGUAUAUGAAUGAGUGAGUCAGAUCAAAUGUGCUGUGCCAUUUACAGCGGUGUGUAGCUCAUUAAUAAAUGCUUGUACAUUUUAUUUUAUAUGGUGUUAUUUUUGUUCACUUUUCAAAUAAUUGAAAAAGAUAAUUGUAAGUAUUUGUAGUGAGUCUUCAGUUUUUACCACAAAAUUUGCAAAGUAAAUUAUUGCUAUAAUAACAAGUUGAAAAAUAAAAUGACGUCUAUAAAGAAA